GCGGAUCUGAUGUUCUUCUUCAGGGGAAGAGCUGAGAGCUCCAGGUUGCCGGAGCUGAAGGGGAAGAGGGGAUCAUGGGAUCUGGGAUUGGGGCUGUGCUGGUUCUUGUUGCAGCGUUCCUGGCGCUUGCACCGCCUUGUGCUAUGGCUUCUUCACGCAGGUUUGACCUGAGUAUUGCACAAGAAAAAAUAGCGAACACCACAAGUGACUCAACUGCUUCAAGCUCACAGCUUGUUUUGGACCCUUCAAAAUCUAAGAGACUCUCAUGGCAUCCAAGGGUCUUCUUGUAUGAAGGUUUUCUUUCUGACAUGGAGUGCGACCACUUAGUAACUAUGGCACGUGGUAACAUGGAGUCAUCUUUAGUAGUUACUGAUGGUGCUAGAAAUAGUUCCUAUAACAACAUUGAGGAUGCACUUGUUUCCAAGAUUGAGGAAAGGAUAUCAUUAUGGAGCUUUCUUCCAAAAGAAUAUGGAGAGAGCAUUCAACUUUUGAAGUAUGUAGUGAACAGAAAUGGCAAUAUCAAGGAUGAACCUAAAUCAAGCAGUGGUGGCAAUAGGCUUGCGACCAUUUUCAUGUUUCUUUCUGAUGUCAAGCAAGGUGGUGAAACUGUUUUCCCCAGAUCUGAGAUGAAGGAUGCUCAAGCUGAGGAGGGGGCACCAUCUCAAUGUGCUGGUUAUGCAGUGCGGCCUGCUAAGGGCAAUGCUAUCCUGCUGUUCAAUUUAAGGCCCGAUGGAGAAACAGAUCAGGAUAGUCAAUAUGAAGAAUGUCCUGUCCUUGAAGGAGAGAAAUGGCUAGCCAUAAAACACAUACAUUUGAGAAAAAAUGAUCCUCCAAAAUCAUUACUGGCAUCUGAGGAUGAGUGCACAGAUGAAGAAGAUAGAUGUGUCAGUUGGGCUGCUAGUGGUGAGUGUGACAGGAAUCCAGUCUUCAUGAUAGGAAGCCCAGACUACUAUGGCUCUUGUCGAAAGAGCUGUCGAGUGUGCUGAAUGUUUUGCAGUUUUUGCCAGUAGAAAUAUUGAUGUCAUAGGCAGAUUUAACAAACUGUAUAUUUUGCCUGAUUUCUUUUACGAUUUUUUCUUCAUGUUUUUUAGGAGAGUUCAGUUUGGAGUUCAUGGAUUGAUCAAAUUCCCAAAUUGUGGAAAUAACUGUUUCAUUGGAUGAUUGGCUGUGUUCUUUUAAUUGAUGAAAAUCAUCUGACUUUUU